CUCUUGCCAUCUUUAACAUACCCACUCGGUGCUUCGGGCCAUUUGCCCAUCGUGCCCGGUCAAGCUUUCACGCUCUCAUUGGGCUCCUAUCUCUCUGCCUAUACCUUUGUAUGAUGCCCUUACUCUCGUGAUGAUCUCGAAUUGCUAUCUGUCCUUGAUCCUGAGUGGGCCCCUCCUCCGUCAUAUGUUCUUAUCCUUUAGUAAACGGGCGUUACUUUUCAGCAGGCUACAUUCCCCUCUUCUUGUUUCUGAAUGAGCCAUCUUAUCAGGAUGUUGGCCUGAUUGAUGUUGAUCUCUCUCCGUCCUCCCCUUCUCUUUUUGUCUUGUUCCCUUUCUCUGGCUUUUUGUUGGAAACUUCCAAGGAGCUAUUUCUUGUCAAAGCUCCACCUCCUCAGCUGACAGUUACAUCUUCUCGGCAAUCCUUCUUGUGAGAACACCCUUGCUGAUACCCGAAAACAUAGAAUUGCGAUGGCGGGCAUCAAACGUAAACUUGACUCCACCAAAGGGUCAGCUGCAGGGCCCACCGGCAGCGCAACAGGCGCAGGAGCUCCCCCAAAGACGCCCAACUCUACAGUUGGUGAUACUGCUCAUAUCCGUGUGACACGUAGUCUACGUGCAAGUCAAGAUGCGCGGGCAAACCAAACUGAUAACAACAAGAACAGCACAAACAGCGCAAUGCAUAACAAGAGUGGUAAUCAUCGCCCUUUGUCACGUAUAAUCACGCUCAGUACCCGUGCUGCUCGAGCCAACAGCGCUGCAAGAAAUGCAUUGAACAACGCAGCAAACAAUGGUACGAAUGGUCCAUCGAAUGCUGCUCGUGAGACCCGGGCUUCUCGAACCCGGGCUGCAGCCCCUGCUGCAGUUGCGGCAUCCGCACCCGCACCAAGUCAGUUUGACGGAACAACCUUAAGUGUGCCUGAAACCCCGCGGUCUAAGAGAGUCAAACGAGGUCCGGUAGUCGAGGAAACUCCAAGAAGUACGAGACAGUCUGCUAGACUCCGGUCCCACGUCAACACAUCUUUUAACGAGAACGCCUCUACUGAGGCAGCUAUUACCAAACAGUUUGAAGCAAGCCCCACCAAGGGGGUUACUCCUAGUAGUAGAACUAGGAAUAGAAGCCGACAAGCUGUGGAUGCUGCACCCGACACUAUUCAGAAUAGUGUGAACUCCAACUUAACCACCGAUCUAAGGCCACCGUCACCGGAAGACAUAAUUCCAGAAACUACCGAAGGAUUUAAACAAACAGAAGGCGAUCAAGAUCCUCAUGUAUCCAUGGAAUUGCUCCAAGCUGCAGAGGAAUUAUCGACGGACUCCACACACCAGGAGGACAGUCAUGGAACGAAUGAGGAGGAGGUCGAGGGUAUGCCUAGUCCUGCAAAGACUACCUGUUCAUCUGGUUCUCGAAAGCACAGGUCUUCGGAGCCAGAAAACAAAGGAACUACGGAUUUUACUAAUGUUCUUGAUCUUCCUCACCAAAAACUGAAACUGGAGGAUGGGGAGCUCGAUCGUACGGCAGAACAGCCUUUACAGGGCUGUGUCACUAUCAAAAAUGCGUCGCGCUCCCCCGACGACGAGGUGGAGGAAUCUAAAGCUGGCAAUGAAUCCCGUCAAAUCACGGAAGAUAUUGAAGAAUCAACUCCAGAGCAUGCCACAGAACCCACAAUUGGGAAGGCAGUUCGUGGCGGGCGUAGUCGAGGACGAGGCCGCGGUGGGCGUAGCAGAGCUGCUGCACGCUCCGGCUCAAGCAAACGGGGUCGUGGCGGUGCUCGUGCUGCUCGUGGUGGGCGCACUGGGCGUCAUUAUGAUCGAUCAAGUGAUGUCGAGCACGACCGUUCACCUUCCCCUAGUGCAGCCACUCAAAAGCUCCGGGAUCGACAACGGGAACUGGACAAAGCAUUUAGGAAGGUUGCAGCUGCCCAACGAUUGGCUUUGGCUGUCUUAGCUUCACAGUCCCAAAAAAAGAUUUCCCGCGAUAAGAACGCCCACAAAAAUGUACCCGAGUAUGAAGAAAUUAACUCACUUCUGCAGGCGAGGCUCGAAGAGAGGUUGGAGGUUUUCCGUCAUGAAUAUGAGCUCCGGGUUGAACAAGAAAAUAGGCUUUUCACUGCUAAUAGAGAAGCGAUCGAAGAAAGAUUUCGAGCCUCAGCUCGGUACAUCAAAGAAGAACAUUUCUUUGCAAGCCAGGGGGAAUAUAUGGCAUUCGUGGAAGGUCGACGUGCUGCAGAGGAUGAUGAGCACACUGAAACUGAUGGCUCUGAAACCGAGCCUGAGCGUGUUAUUCCACCAGCAAAAGAAGUCGUGAGGGGGUUCAAUUCUUCCUUCGUACGGAAUCCUGCUGGAGCCGCUUCCUACGAUCGUGCUAGGUAUGGCUGGGAUGAUUUCGUCCAGCGUGCUAAGUUAGGCGAUGAUAUCGACCCGCAGAUGAAGGAGAUGAGGGAAGCCGGACCGUUUGCUGGCUUUUCUGCUCGAGAAAUCAUAGGCCUCUUACUGGAGGCGACUGGCAUCGUUGAGGUGCGCCAGAAAGCUAGUGUGGAAAAUCAGCUCAACCCUGUAUUCCUUGAUACGCGCCCGACAGCCUUGUUCGCAUUGGCUGAUGUGGCAGCCGCUGAGCUCCCUCGUCCUACCUUAUCCCAAACCACACCGCGGCUUUCGGCGCACAGAGCUCUUCUCCCGCAGCCUUCACAGGUGGCUCACGGGCCGACAGAUCCUCGAUCUUUUGUGCUGCCUCCCCCCACCCCCCAACGGCAACAGCCCCGUCGGCUCCUCCCUGCCGGGCAGCAAAUUCCACCCAUCAGUGAGCAGCUCGGUCUCCCAGAUCCAUUCGCGAGCAGGGGUGGUCCUCCACAGCUUCCCCCUCCUCCGGGGUCUAACUUCCAACGGCCUCCACUGCCUAAUUACUUGGCAGGUCAUCAUCCACAGAGUUUGUAUUAUCCACCGCCGCCGCCGCCUACUGCUCCGCCACCUCCCGGCCCUCGCCCUCCAUAUUAGAAAGCCACGCAUGGACGAUACGACCUUCUGUUCAUUUUCUCUUAAUACUAUUUUGUUAUCUUUUGCCUAAUUCCGCAGGCAUGCUAUAUUCUUUGAAUUUGUUAGGGUUUGAUAUACGGAGCUACGGUCUACGCCAAAACAGUAAUGUUGGUUCACGUCGGGAGUUAUGUGCUGGUUGGGUGGUACUUUUCCUCUCUCUCUUUCUUUAUGCCUCUUCUUCUUUUGUUGAUUUAUCCCCCUGGCAGUUGAGAAGACUUUGGAGCGUGGGAUUAGUGUAAUAUCCCAAGAUAGUAUUUAUAGUGGAUGAUGGUAUCAUGUAUACCCUAUCUGCAUCUUCUCUGAAUCAAUAUAGAUGCAAAAAGAAUCGAACGUAAUUUGCACCCAAGGAUAUAA